UGUGCAACAAAUGUCGUUUUGGUUGUCACAGCUGCAUCCCAAGCUAAGAAUCAACUUAUACAAAAACAAAGUAAAAUAUUGAAUAAUGGCUGAGAAGCCGCCAGAAGAGGGUUAUAUAUCCGUCGUGGAUGAAGACCCGGAGAUAUUUGAACUUCUAAAAUGGGAUUCCUCGAAUACGCAAAAGCAGCAAGAGCCACUGGUAGUGGAGAGAGUUAAGGGUCCCGAGAAAAAAAAUAUAAAUCCAAAAGGUCGUGAGGAAUGUGAUCCUUUUGAUUUAAGUGAUCCUGCUUUCGUAGAUUCGUAUAGACUUUCGAAGGAAUUGGCAAGGAAACUGUGCGAAGAAUUGAAGCCCGUGAUGCCAGACUCUACUAAGUCGAUUGAGUUUUCAGUGGAGAGCAAGGUGAUGGCAGCUUUAUCCUUCUAUGCAACUGGAAAGUAUCAAAAGUCUAUAGGAGGCAAAACUGAUCCCAGUAUCACACAGUACUUUGUCAGCACAGCUGUCCAGCAAGUGACCGAGGCUAUGAACCAUCCUACCAUAGUGAAGAAAUACAUACAUUUCCCGCACUUGAGAAAUGAGAGGGAUAUUAUUAAAGCUAGAUUCUAUGUGAAAUAUGGUAUGCCCAAUGUGGUGGGUUGCAUCGACUGCACGCACGUGCCCAUCGCGCGGCCGGACGAUGACCAGAAGAGUCACUUCAACAAGUCCUACCACUCCAAGAAGGUGCAGAUUAUAUGCGACAGUGAUCUGAAUAUACUGAGCGUGGACGCGAGCGCGGGAGGCUCACUGUCCAACGACGCUAUACUCAAUCGUCACGCAGUCCGCAUAGAUUUAGAGAGUCUCAAUCAUUCGGGAGAGCCAUGUUGGCUUAUAGGCGGUCCUUACUACACACAGAAACCUUUCAUCAUGACACCGAUACCGAAAAUUACCAAGAAAUCACCCGUAUCGCCCGGAAAGUACUACACGAAUAUGCACAGUCAAACGCUGGGCGCCGCAACGGACACGAUAAAGCACUUGAAAAGCAGAUGGAAAUGUUUGCAAGCCACAUGCAACAGGCAGUUCGACCCGCCAUCCGUGACAAUGAUAAUAGUAGCAUGCUGUGUUCUUCACAACAUUUGCAAUAGAUACGGUCUUCCAGUUGUACCAAUGACGCAGACAGAAGAACGGUUAGAGGCUAUGAAGCAGAAGGUCGCCAGCGGACCAAUUCCAAGGAAGCAAGUGGACGACCAGAACGGCCUUCAAGCGAGGAACGGACUCGUUGAGAGGUUAUGGAACGAGCGUAGAGUGUUGCCAGAGAGUACGCCACCGAAGAAACGGAUGUCUAAAAAGGACAGGCUAUUGGAGAGUUAUAAUAGCACAGCGCAAGCUCAACCACCAGUCACGCAACAGCAUCAUCAGCCUCAAGAUAUAAGGAGUCAACACGACGAUCCCAGCAAGAGGCCAAGGCUGAUGUCAAUGCCUUGCAAUCCCGCAUACAGCCUGGGGAUGCCAGGAAUGGCCCCCACGUGGGCGCACUACCCACAACAGUAGUGGUUGUUUAGGACUAUAUGUUACAAGUGACAGUGAUUCAAAUAUUAACAAUGGAUACACCACUCUCAUCAGAAAAUGAUGACAAAUUUUUUGAAAUUAUAUUUUAUUUAAUAUUAAAUAUAAUUUUAACAAAAUUUAUAUUUAAUUUUAAACUAAACUCAGUAUUUGUCCAACAGCUGAUACAAUAUUUAAAAAUGUAUAUUUAUUGUUCUUUUAAAAAUGUUUACAAAUCCAUUUUCUCAAUUUACAUUUUUUAACGUCUACUUAUUUUAGUUUUUACCACAGAAUCAUAAUCAUGUAUAAAAAAAAUCAUAAAAUUUACUGUUAAUGAAUCAAUAAGAUAUUGAAUGGAUCAAAAAAAUUAUUUUUAAUUGAAUUUCGCGCGGCGCAGGUUAAUAUUUUUAGUAUUAACGAUAUGUACCUAUAUUGACUCUAUUAUACAUUAUUAAAUGUCA